GCGGCGGGCCGCAGCCCGGCCCGGCAGCGCCCGAGGGCAGCCCGGCACCCGCAGGAUUGGAAGCUUGCAAAGGAAUUCACACUGAAUGAAAAUCAUUUCCUGAAGCUGGGUCUGUUCCAGGAACUGUAACCCAAAUGUUUCUCUGUCCGUGGAGGAGAUUUCACGUUUGAAGAAACUUCUACUGAAGCCAGUCGUGUCCCAUCACCAUGUUCUGGAAGUUUGAUUUGAACACAACGUCACACGUGGACAAGCUGCUGGACAAGGAGGAUGUGACCCUGGAGGAGCUGAUGGACGAGGAUGACGUCCUGCAGGAAUGCAAGGCCCAGAACCGGCGGCUGCUGGACUUCCUGUGCCAGCAGCACUGCAUGGAGCAGCUGGUCACCCUCAUCACCCACGAGCCCCCCGUGGACAUGGACGAGAAGGUCCGAUUCAAGUAUCCCAACACGGCCUGCGAGCUGCUGACCUCGGACGUGCCGCAGAUCAACGACAAGCUGGGCGGGGACGAGACCCUGCUCAACAUCCUCUACGACUUCCUGGACCACGAGCCCCCCCUGAACCCCCUCCUCGCCAGCUUCUUCAGCAAGACCAUCGGGAACCUCAUUGCACGGAAAACAGAACAGGUGAUCUCAUUUUUGAGGAAAAAGGACAAGUUCCUGAGCCUGGUGCUAAAGCACAUUGACACCUCUGCCAUGAUGGACCUGCUGCUGCGCCUCAUCAGCUGCGUGGAGCCCACGGCGCUGCGCCAGGACGUGCUCAACUGGCUGAAUGAAGCCAGGAUUAUCCAGAGACUCGUGGAGCUGAUCCAUUCGAGCCAGGAUGAGGAUAGGCAAUCCAAUGCUUCCCAGACCCUGUGUGACAUCAUCAGGCUGAGCAGAGACCAGAGCACUCAGCUUCAGGAUGUCCCGGAGCCAGAUCCACUUCUCACAGCACUGGAAUCGCAGGAGUGCGUGGAGCAGCUCCUCAGGAACAUGUUCGACGGCGAGCAGAGCGAGGCCUGCAUCGUGAACGGCACCCAGGUGCUCCUGACGCUGCUGGAAACGCGGCGCUCCGGGGUGGAAGGCCUGAUGGACUCGUACACUCAGGGAUUCGAGAGGUCUUACACUGUCAACAGCAGCAUCCUGCACGGCAUCGAGCCCCGGCUCAAGGACUUCCACCAGCUGCUGCUGUGCCCCCCCAAGAAACCGGCGAUCCUGACCACGCUGGGGGUGCUGGAGGAGCCGCUGGGGAACGCGCGGCUGCACGGCUCGCGGCUGAUCGCGGCGCUGCUGCACGCCAACACCCCCAGCAUCAACCAGGAGCUCUGCAGGCUCGGCACCAUGGACUUGUUACUUGAUUUAUUUUUUAAAUACACGUGGAAUAACUUUUUGCAUUUCCAAGUGGAGCUGUCCAUAGCAGCCAUCCUGUCCCACUCGGUGCACGAGGGGAAGCCCAGCCCGGGGGAGCCGGGCAGCAAAGAGGAGGCUCCGAGCGGGAGCGCGGCCCCGGAGCCCCCGGAGCCCCCGGAGCGCCCGGAGCCCCCGGCCGGAGCCGCCGAGAACGUCAUGGUCACCCACGUGAGACUGUUCCAGAAGUGCUGCCUGGUGCAGAGGAUACUGGACGCCUGGGAAGCCAAUGACAAAAUCCAGGCAGAGGGCGGCAGGAGGAGAGGGAACAUGGGCCACCUGACCCGCAUCGCCAACGCCGUGGUGCACAACAUGGAGAAGGGCCCCAUGCAGGCCCAGAUCAGUGACUUCAUCAAAGAGCUGCCUGAGGACUGCAGGGGCAGGUGGGAGAGUUUCGUGGAGGAGACGCUGACGGAGACGAACCGGAGGAACACGGUGGAUUUGGUGAGCACCCACCACCUGCACUCCUCCAGCGAGGAUGAGGACAUUGAAAGUGCUUUUCCCAACGAGCUCACUCUCCAGCAGGCCUUCUCUGAGUACCAGAUCCAGCAGAUGACAGCCAAUUUUGUGGAUCAGUUUGGCUUCAACGACGAGGAGUUUGCAGACCAGGAUGACAACAUCAACGCUCCCUUCGACCGCAUCGCCGAGAUCAACUUCAACAUCGAUGCUGACGACGACAGCCCCAACGCCUCCCUGUUCGAGGCCUGCUGCAACGAGCGCAUCCAGCAGUUCGACGACAACGAGGAGGAGGAGGAUAUCUGGGAGGAGAAGGACAUCUCCUACGCGACCCAGGUCAAGUCCAGGACACGGUUUGGAGCGUCACAGACGUCAGAGAGCUCCAAGAGUGACCUGGAGAACGGGGACCACGACGGCAGCGUGGACUCGGAGGAGGAGGAGGAGCGGCCGCCGCCCUCCCCGCACAAGGGCAGCACCCCGGAGCAGAAGGACUCGGACUCCUGCCAAGGGGCUGGCUGGACGGCCGUGUUCGAGCCCGCGGGCCCCAAGCCGCCCGUGGCCAUGGACGUGGGCUCCAGCGUGUGGGACUCGGCCGCCCCGCAGAGCAGCGCCCCGGAGGAGAAGGGCUGGGCCAAGUUCACAGACUUCCAGCCUUUCUGCUGCUCCGAGUCCAACCCUCGCUGCAGCUCCCCCGUGGGCACCGAGAGCGGUGGCACCGACGGGACCCCGGCGCAGGGCCAGGACAAGAACUCCAGCACUGCUGCCUCUCCCUGUGUGUGGAACGCGUGUGGGACACGGAAGGCGCCGCUGGUGGCCUUGGACAGCAGCUCCUCGGGCAGCUCCGAGAGCGACGACGACGACGACGACAAGGCCAAGGCUGCCACGGAAUCCACGGCACAGGAGCCCAGCAAGGACAGGGCAGCUCCCUCCAGUGGCUCUGAUGGAAAGGCUCUGGAGACGCUGCCCGCGGCCGACGCCGGGACGGCCGCAGCCACCCGCGGAGCCCGGAGCAGCGCGGCCACGCACACGGACGGGCACCAGAGAGGGGCCUCUGCUGUCACAGCUGCCACAGACACGGCCACGAGAGACAGGAGUGAGGAGGCCUUGCCCUGCGCCGAAGCCACGUUGAACGGCCCCGCUUGAUGCCGCCGCCGCCCUGGGACGUGUGUGAGCCAGGCCAGGCUGCUCCCUGGUGAUGCAAUUUGUCAAUUCUUUAUUAUUUUUUUUCAUUUUAAUUUUAUUUUUUAAUAAAUGCUGCAUUGAUGAGAGCGAGCUGGCGUUCAGGACCAGACACGCAGAUCCAACAGCACCGAUCCGUUCGGAAAGACACUCGGCAUUGUCGAAAUGUAGCAUUGAGUUCAGUCCUCACGGGAAUGACGGGCUCUUCCCAAGCCUUCUGCCUGAUUUGAGUUGUCCCCUUCCCCGUGCCCCUGGUUUUGUUUUGGAUUUGGGGUUCAGUGCUGUUUUCCCAGUGUUAUUGCACACAGUAUUCAGCUUCUCUUGGGAAGGUAGCAGGUCCAGCGGCGGCCGGGGCCAGCGCACAAAUCCCGCAGCCGUGUGACCAAAGUUCCUGAUGGAGCUGUCCUCGGGCAGCCUUUGCACCGCUUUGUAGAGCAAUAAAGCCUUACCAGAAACAUUUCACAGGAGAGGAGGAAUGCCAACGCUUCCGUGGGGGAGCAGGGAGGGCUGGAUGGGGCUGGCAGGGCCGAGGCCAGCAGUGAUGCUGGGGCCCAGCUGUCCAGAACGGGAUGGCCCUGCCCUGCAGCCCUGCCCUGGGCUCUCCAUGGACACGUGCUGGGCCAGGGCAGGGGCUGGGCUGGCUCUGGGCUGGCCUCUGCCGAUGUCCGUGCUGGCCCCAGGGGACCCUGCCCACGGGGAGGUGACAGGGUUUUGCUGGCUCUUUGGAGACUGAAUUAAUGUAUUUGCAAAUGAUGAUGGAAAUCCUUUUUCUGUUUGUUUUGUUCUGUUUUUAAAGUUUUUAAUGGAUGCAGGAACAGCAACACUUUUGCACUUUGUACCUGGUGAUGACAGCGUUGGGGGAGGGCAUGGGAGAGCCCUGGGGGACAUCCAGAUCCCUCAGGGGGGAUGGGGGAGCAGGGCCAGGUGAGGGGAGCACCUGGAGCUGGGAUGUGGGAUGUGGGAUAUGGGAUGUGGGAUGUGGGAUGUGCCCAGGCUGGAGCCCUGCUCCUGGGAAUGCCGUGCUGGUGCCAGGCUCUGAGCUCACUGCCAGCCCAGCCUGGGGGGCAUACGAGGGGCACUGGGGGUUUGGGCCACCUGGGGCAGCUGAGCUGGAACCCCCGGGAUGUGGAAUCCUGAAAAAUCCUCCCUUUGGAGCAAAGGCUGGAGCUCGGCACCCAGGGAGCCAGACCUGCUUUGGGGUGCAUUCCUGAGGGUGGGAAGCACCUCACGUCCCCGGCAGGGCAGCCUGGCUGCCCAGAAAUCAGAAAUCCCUUCCUUGUGCCGUGGUGUCUGCCAUGGCAUGUCCUGGCUGGGCUGGGAGGGCCCUGAGGGGAGCCAGGCGUUCCCACUGGGGCUGUGGGCCCCUCAUGUGCUGCUGCCCCCAGUCCUUGGGAAUCAGGUGGUGCAGGGCUCUUGUUCUGGAAGUUUUCACUCGCUGAAUUAAUUAUUAAAUUAAUAAUUUAAAGUUAAUUGCACUGGGAGGGAAAAAAAAAAUCUCACUUUGUGCUUUGCUUCCCCUGCUUGGUGUUCAGGGAUCAAUCCCCCUCCAGCAGGACUCUCAGACAGGAUCAGUGGCUUUGAGGUCCUGGCUGGAGACACAUUAAAGUCUUAAUUUUCCAAGGGUUGGUGCUAGAGUUCUGCUGUACAUAGGGCAUUCUGGGGCCCAGAGCUGAUCCCAUGGAAGCUGAAGGUCCAUGUGCUGGUGCAGCCUGGCUGGAUCCCAGGGGAUGCCAGGGUGCUCUUCCAGCCUGUCCCCUGCUGCCCCCAGAUCCGUGUGGGGUCGGGGGCUGAGGGGAAUGUCCUCGCAGGCCUGGGGGACAGGACAGGGCCUCCACCCCCAGCUGCUGAGUGUGGGAGCAGUGGUUCCCCCUGGACAGGCUGGGGCAGCAGUGACCCACAGUGGCUCCAGAGAUGGGGCUGGCUGUGCCUUCUGCUGCAGUUCCAGCCUGGCGUUCCUCAGCUCUGGCUUUGAGUCCCUGUGUCAGUGAGAGCUUUAUUAAUAAUAAUUAUAUAAUAAUAAUGAUUAUAAUAAUAAUAAUAUCCUUGGGCAUAUCCAGAUCUGAACACAGCUCGUUAGUGGGUUAAUUUAUUACUCAGUGCUGAGACACAUCACUGGGGCUUGGUCAGGCCUGUGGAGAUGCACAAAUUCCAUGGGUUUGGUGCCUGUGGGUGAUCCCUGCAGGGCUGGGGUUGAGGCUCUCAGUUCAUUCCAGCUCUCCCCUCCCCUGGGGUUGUUCUUCCCUCCAGCCCCAGCUCCUGCUGCUUGGGCUGCCGGGGUCUGCAGCUCUGAACAGAGCCAGAGCCACUUCUGGCCUGGCCCCAGUGGUUUUGUGGGGAAAGCAGGAAUGGGAAAUCCUUCUAAGGCAGAGCUUCCCGUCUCUCCAGAGACACAGUGGGUGUGAGGGCUUGGAGUGUCCCUCCUGGGGUUUUCAAUCUCCCUGUGCUCUGGGGAAGGGCUUCUAGGGCUGGAGCAGCAUCUCGUGGCUGCUGAGGAUGGAAUUCCCUGUGUCCCCUGAUCCCCUGGGCUCUGUGUCCAGGUGAUGAAGGCUCCCCCCAGGUGCUGCUCCACACUUCCCUCCUGCCUCGUGUUGGAAUCUCCCAAAGCACAGGGAGAUUCCCAGCCCCAGCCUGUGGGGCUGGGCACAGAUCUGUCAUGCAGGGCCAUCCACCCACACACCUGGCUCUCCUGAGAAACCUGGGAACAGGCCCCUGGGAGCACCAGGAGCUGGGCUUCAUCUCCAGGGUCAGGAGCAGAAGCAGCAAGGGCAGGUUCCUGGGGGAUGGUUCUGGAAUGUUCCAGUGGCUCUGCCUGCCUGGGCAUCGCUCCAGGGAUCUGGUGAUGCCACUGUGCCAACUGCCCCACACUGGGAGGGGAGGGGGCUCCUGGGCACAGCCAGGGCUAAACCCAUCCCCUUGGCCAGUCCCAGGUGAUUCCUGGGGGGAUGUGGGAGGAACAGCUUCGUGGGGAUGGGAACCCCGUGGUGCUGGGAGUGUCCCCAUCCCUGUCACAUCGGGAGGGGGCAGAGCUGGGGGCUGGGGAUCCCAAACCCCCGUGGGUGUGGGGCUGUGAUCCCACAGUGAUGGCACUGAGCAUUCCUGGGGCUCAGGCUGGGGGGCUCUGUGCCCCCUCAGCCCAGGGGCAGCCAGAGCCGUGUCCAGAGUUCCCUGCAUGUCCCAGGGGGAGAUUUCUUCCCACUGCACCCUGCACCCUGGAAGGGCAGCCAGCAGGGAAUAUUCUGCUCAUUCCCUCAGCAACUCCACAGCCAAAAACGUCUCUAAAACAGAAUUCCCUCUCUUCUUGUGGCAGGCAAAAUCCCGGGUGUUUGUUGGGGUCCUGUGUCCUCAGCAAAGCCCAAGGGAAAUUCCCCAAGUGCCCCAAGGCUUUGCUGUCCCUGGGAUGGAAUCCCAAGGUUUCAUCAAGAACAUCUCUUUGGAGAGCUGCAGAUGGGCAGGGAAUGGAAACCCUGGGGGGCAUAGAUU